AAUAGAGAAAGGUCAGCGGAGAAACACACUCACAGAAUGGAGAGGUAGAGGGGGAAAAUGUGGCGUUAAUCGGAGGGGUGGGCGGUGAAACGGGCUGAUUGAUGAUCAGAUUUACGGUGCGGUUCACGGCGGGGAGAGAGGAUGACUCACUCCGUCUGAUGUGAUGCUCACCCCGCAACAGCUCGGCAGUGCGUUGGCACGCCGGUGGCUCAGCCUGUCAGAUCGCUGAGCUCCACCGAGAACGGCAGAAGGGUGAAAAACUUUACCAAACUGUGAAGUUGCGUUUGUUUUUUGUGAUCUCCAACUUGUCCCUCGGUCGUUGGAGAGUUGUGACCGGGCGUCGUGAUUUACAGUAAAUUUCGUGAUGCCAGAUUGCCAUGGAAACAGUGCUCCUGAGCUGAAGGGAAACUGUCCGUGGUAACUUCAGCAUCAACACCCCCAACAGGGUCGGAUAAACCUGUUGGAUAGCCCGUUGCUUCUCAUUGUCUUUUAUCUUUGCUCUGCUUUAAAUUGACAACAAACCAGGAGGCGACUAUGGAGCUUCAAACAGAGAAGAGGUUCAACAACUUGAGUGUCGAGCAAAUCCAGGCUCUCGACAAAAUCUUGACUGAGGUCAUCCCUAUUCACGGACGGGGGAAUUUUCCCACGCUGCAGGUGAGAGCAAAAGACAUCAUUCGUGUGGUAAAGGACCGGCUGGUUGAGCGCGACAUCAUGGUUAAAGACAUCCGUCUCAACGGAGCGACUGCCAGUCACAUCCUGGUGAGAGACAACGGCCUGGGCUACAGAGACUUGGACAUCAUUUUCGGAGUUGAGCUCCCCAGACAGGAAGACUUCCAGGUGAUUAAGGAGGUAGUUCUGAGCAGCCUGCGAGACCUCCUGCCGUAUGGGGUCAACAGGCGGAAGAUCACCUGCCUCACGAUGAAGGAAGCGUACGUCCAAAAGAUGGUCAAAGUUUUCAACGAACACGACAGAUGGAGCCUCAUCUCGCUGUCCAACAACCGGGCAAAAACAGUGGAGCUUCGGUUUGUCAGCUCCCUUCGCAGACAGUUUGAAUUCAGCGUGGAUUCCUUUCAGAUAAUAUUAGACCGCAUGCUGGAGUCCUACUGGGUCAUGGAGAGGAAACAAGAAGGAAAGCUGGCGCUGAACACUGCAAAGCUAUCAAAAAGAGAACGACACGAGGAUAGACAGAAAGAGCAGCUAAACAACCCGCAAAAUACAAAAGAGGAUGUUGAAAAAGGUUCCUCAGGCUCGGGUGAAGCUCCAUGCCAGGAGGAAGAAGUGUCAGUGGUUGAGAAAGAACAUCAUGACGAGAUUGAGCCAAUGAAUGGGGAGCUUGAGGUGGAGCAAGUGUUAGAACCCAAGAAAAAUGCGAUGGACCAAACUGAAGAAAAGGUUAAUGGAAUUGAGGAUGUUCGUUUUGAGGAGAACAUCGCAGUUGGGUUUAAGAUGUGUGAAAAACAAGGAGAAGGGAAGGAAUACUUAAACUGUGAUCAUCCACUAGUAUCACCCCCCAAAUUUACAGAACUCAAUGAUACCAGGGAUGCACUAACGUCACAUGCUUGUUUAAAGCCUCAUUGUAAUGAGGAAGGGGGUAAACCACAGCUUCCUCAGCUGGAGAAGUCACCGCCUCAAGGAGCAGUCAGCUGUCAAGAAAAAAUAGAGGUAGACUCAGUAAUCUGCAGGACUGAAAAUGCCCAAAGUCUAACAGAUCCACACCUGGAGUUCUCCUUUCCUCCUCCGGCGAAAAAAACCUGCAGCACAACGCAAGACGUCAAACCCGAUUACUGUCCUUCACCAAAGUUACAAAGAAAAAUGUCUCGGAAGAUGAUCAGCAAGCCCGACAAAUGGUUCCUCCUGAAUGACUUGUCAGACCUGACAACACAGCUGUUCCCUCCUAUAGAAAUACCUAAAACUCUUCAGUCUAAACCCCCGUCACCCAAUGAAACUCAAGUUAGUGAUUCAAUCAAACCAAACUCCAAAUCAGAGAACUUUGAGGGUGCAGACUUGCCUACAGACCCUUGUUCCUCCCAAGAUGGGUCCGGUUCCUGUGAAGCUGUAGAACUGAACCUGGAGCCAGCACACUCUACCAGACCUCCUGAAGUGACGGCAGACGCACCCUGCCAACCUAAAGCAGAUGUUAGUAGACUGGAAUUGGCAGACGCUGGUCCAAACAGUUGUGAGUCAAACUCGUGGUUCGGGGCGUCCGGGGAGCCCAUCGUUACAGUUGAAGCCGAAUGCAUGUAUGGAGACUUUGAGCAGGCCUUGCACCACCUUCGCCAUCGCCUCAUCGCCACCCACAACCCAGAGGAGAUCCGAGGAGGCGGGCUGCUAAAGUACAGCGACCUGCUGGUUCGGAACUUCAGGCCAGCGAGCGAGACCGAGAUCAAGUCGUUGGAGCGCUACAUGUGCUCUCGCUUCUUCAUUGACUUUCCUGACGUGGGCGAGCAGCAGCGGAAGAUAGAGGCCUAUUUGCAGUGUCACUUCAUCGGCAGUGAGGAGACCAGCAAAUACGACUACUUGAUGACCCUGCGGCGUGUGAUCGACGAAAGCACGGUGUGCCUGAUGGGACACGAGAGGAGACAGACGCUUAACAUGAUCACCGUCCUGGCUCUACGAGUGCUGGGAGAACAGAACGCCAUUCCCAACACGGCCAACGUCACCUGCUUCUACCAGCCCGCCCCAUACAUGACGGAGCCGAUAUACAACAGCUACUACAUAACCCAGGCCCAGCCUCCUCUUGUCUACCACCCCUACCCUCUACACGUCCACAUGCAGACUGGACUGGUGUAGCGACAGUAACGUGCCCACACAGGGCCCUUGAUGCCGCUUUAAGCAUGGUGCUCUGCAACAAGAGGCACGUGCAAGUUUUAGCAACAACACGGGCGCAGUGUUGUUAAAUGUUUUCAAAUCUCUCCAGCGUCUAAUGUGAAAAAUGAGAGGUCAGAACAGCAACGGGGCUGGAGGUAAAGCAUGUGCCCUUUUAAGAUAAACACUGCAAAGACAAGCUAUUAGAAGAGAACACGUUGAGAGGAUAUCAAGGGAACGGACUUUUAUGAAUGCCUAAAGAAAUCUGUAUUUAUCACCUGCAUGUGUGGCGGGAACCUGGAGUCUGGCUGGUUAAUAAACGUCUCUAACAUAUACUAUAUAUCAGGACAGAAAAACCUAAGUUUGGAUUGUAGUAGAGAUUCAAGUCUUGUAGGUGUUUUUGUGAAAAACUUGAAUGUGUUGCUUCAAAUGUGUUGACAAAUAGGACUCUAUGAUAACACAAUUAGACAAAUUCUCCUGCAGUUUGUUCACAUUGUGGCUAGUUCUGUGCUUAUUAUUGUGAAAACCUCAUUUCAGAGGAAUUUAAUGGAAGACUGCACUCAAGUAAUGACAUGAGGCAAACAAAUACAUGGAAAUACUGUAUAUUUAACCAUUUCUUGAUUUGAUUUAUUGGUUUAUUUCAAGCAUUAAUAGAAACCACACAGAUAUUUUUAACUCAUUUUAGAAAUAAAGAGUUAAUUAGAACGUUUAGAAAAAAUGAACAAAAAUGUUUAAAAAAAUGUAUGUUAACAGUGUAAAUACUCAUAAUCAUAUAGAUUUUGCAUUAAUAAAAACACACUAAGGUCACCUUAGAAUAAAAACAUAUAUAUAAUGAUUAUUAACUAAAGUCAAGUAUAGUUUUAUUUAUUGUUAAAGUGAGGAGAAGCAAACCUAUUGAGUAAUUUCAUUUUAUAUUUUUGUAAAGCUCCCAUAAUCCAGUUCUUAAUAGAUCAAAUGCAGAUUUUUUGUCAAGUAAUGAAAUAGAGUGAAAUAUUUUACUAUUUCUUAAAAGUAGAAGAUGCACAGAUUGUUGUCCUUGUGUAAUUUUACAUGGAAAAAAGCCUAAAGCAUUCAUCGAUGUUGUAUUUUUACUAAUAAGUCAUAACGAUCUCUUAUCCAGGUGUACAAUGUGGUUCAGUGUGUCUGAAAUGAAAGAUUUUUGUUUGUUGGUCCAACAGGAAACUGCACUAUCCUAAAACUAUAGAAUGUAUGGAUUGAAAUUGAGUCAUAUUUUUAAUCAAAGUUCUUCAAUUGUUCAUUUUCUUUAAACUGCUGAAGUCAUGAAGAACCUGGCGUUUCUACAACUUAGCUGGGGAGGAUUUAUGAAACAAAUGUGCCAUUUUAAUGGCGAAAUCUGUCAUAAUCUAAUAAAAACACAUUACAGUAAGUGGUAAAAGUGGUGAGUUUUGUUAAACAUCUGUAUUUUUUAUCAUUGUUCACAAUGGCGAUCAGACAGGAUGAUUGUAAACAGGGAACUCGAUGCUUAAACCAAACAUUUUGGAUUUAAUUCUAAGUUUAAUUACAUGUUUGCCAGAUUUAGUUAGAUGCAACUAAAAGAUCAAACAUGUUUCUUCAAUAAUUAAUAAAACAAUAAAACAAUUGUAUGAUGGAGUGUGUGAGCUGC